AUGAGGUUAGCAGCAUUACCACCGCAUGCAGCUGCGGUGGCUGCCAUUUUCGCGACUGCCAGCGCGAUAGAAGCGUCAGUGCAGGCGGCGGCAGUUGAACAUGAUCAUGCAGCGUUGUGCUCCUCCCGAUGUGGGGACACGUUUUCGGCAUCGGGACCAUCGGCGGUCUGUGAACAGGUGUGCGCCGUCGUGCACGACCAGCCGGAGUUCUCCCAGUGCCGGCAGGACCUCAUGGACGCGACGGUCGAGCACGCGACCCUUCUGUCCUACAACAGCGGUCACGUGUACGAGGCGCUCUCGAUUCUGCAGGGAUCGCUGGACAACUCAACCGACCCUGCACUCGAGGAAUACCGAACGUACAUGGACCAGUAUCAUCUCAACGACCGCGGCUCCCCGACGGCAUGCGUCGACGUUCAGGAUGCGCACUACUGCGUGGCCCAGGCGCCCCUGUUCGCGUCGAUCGGGCUGUGCCUCCCCAAGAGCUGCGACUCCGCGUUCGUCGGGGCCGUAAUUGCGAACAUUUCGGACGGUGCGGGCGGCUUCGACCCCAAUUUUGUACACUUGGGGCAAGGCCUUCGAAACGGGGGAGGAGGCGGUGCCAGCGGCGUCUUGGGCGGGCCGUCGAUCUCGUGCGGGGAAGAGCUCCGCGUGCGACCCGACAUGGGCACCAUCGCCGUGUUCGCUCUCAUCGGCGUGCUGGUGGUCCUGGUGCUGGCGGGCACGGCGGUCGACUUCUACUCCCGCCGUCACUCCAAGCAGAAGGCCGAGUCCGGGGGCGCUAAGACGAGCGCGGCCAACCGUAAGCGCCGCGUGGGCCCGGCGGAGCGGGCGGCGCGCGCCACCACCGGCAGCGGCGCGAUGGGGACGGCUGUCUUCUGCCCCAUCACCGACGCCCUCAUCACGGCCACGCCCAUGUCCUGGCCGCGGAGGGGCAGCAGCAGCACCGGCGAGGAGAGCAAGGACGGCGGAGACAAGCACGCCGAGGAGGAGGUGCCGUCGCCGGACGCCCCGUACACCGGAGACCCCGCGCGGCAGCCCCUCCUCUCCCCCGCGGAUGCGGCAGCGAUUGCGGAAGAGGGAACCCCCGCCGCCGGCGACGGGCAGCAGCAGCAGCAGCAGGGCGUGGAGCAAGGCGGGAGCGGCGAGAGCAGGGUCCUGGCGCGGCUGCGGCGGAUGCGCAAGAGCGAGUGGGGGCGGUGGUCGUACGACCGCCUUCAGUGCUUCUCCCUCAUCAUCAACACCAACAGCCUGCUCGCCCCGCCGCGCGUGGCGGACGAGUUCCCGGCUCUGGACGGCGUGCGGACGAUGUCCAUGAUGUGGGUGGUCUUGGGGCACACCUUCGCCUACAACGUCACCGGGGGCGGGCCCGGAUUCACGAACACCAUCGCCGUGCUGCCGCAGGGCGGAAAAGGGUUCUUGGCGAGGUUGUCGGCACAGGUCAUCCCCGGGGGCUUCAUGGCUGUCGACAGCUUCUUCCUCAUGUCUGGCUUCCUCCUGAGCAGCGUGCUCCUCCCUAAGCUCGAAAACGGCUCGCUUACCGGCAGCGUGGGCAGCGGUGGCAUGGGGAAGGGAUGGAUGAUGAAGGCGUACAUCCACCGGUACCUGCGGCUGACGCCGACGCUCCUGUUCGUGACCCUCAUGUUCUGGAAGGUGCUGCCUCUUCUCGGCGAGGGCGCCAGCUGGUGGCCCGUCGCUCACGCUCAGGCGGAAUCUUGCCGAAAGUACUGGUGGACAGAGAUCGCGUACGUCUCGAGCAUUUUCCCCUGGCCGCCCCUGAGCGACGGCUGCACCGGCGUCAGCUGGUACCUGGCCGACGACACCAUGUACUUCCUGCUCGGCGUGCCGACCGUGGCCCUCUACCACCGCCGGCCUCGCCUCAGCGCCACGCUCGUCUUCGUCGCCGCGGUCCUGAGCUGCGUGUUCACCUUCGUGUACUACGGGUUCUUCCAGCAGGUUAGCUUCUCGAUCUUCACCCGGGUGGUGAACUCGGACGGGUGGGGCACCGUCUACGCCGUCCCGUGGUCCCGGUGCUCGGUCUACCUCGUGGGCAUGCUGUGCGGGAUGGCGUGGCACACACACUUCCGCGGCCGCAUCGGGUCUUCCGCCGCGGGCGGCGGCGACGCCGCCGGCGCCGGCGCGAACGGCAGCGCCGCCAACGGCAGCGGCAGCAUCACCAACGGAGACGGCACCGAACAGGCCGCCAAGAACCCCCUGGAGCGCCUCGCGAAGCCCGGGAAGUACGUCUACUGGCCGGCGGUGGUUGUGGCGCUGCUGUCGGCCGCGCUGAUGGGACUGCCGGUGUACGGCACGUACUGGGACUACCAGGACGCCAAGAACCCCAACCUGCCGCCGUGGGCGGACCACCUGUACCUGGCGUUCGGGCGGCCGACGUGGGCGCUCGGCCUGGCGCUCAUGUGCAUGCUCUGCUUCUGCGGGCACGGCGGGCUGGUGAACUGGCUGCUGACGCGGCCCGGGUGGACGAGCCUCUCGAGGCUGACCUACUGCACGUACCUGUUCCACACCCUCCUGCUGACGCUGCUGUACGGGACGCGCGACCAGCCCAUCGAGCUGACGGGGCUCGAGUUCGCCGUGACGUAUAUGGGGAUCGUGUUCGGGACGUUCCUGGGAGGCACCGGGCUGCACCUGCUGGUGGAAGCCCCCUUCCGCAACCUGGAGUCGAUGGGUAGGAGACAGAAGAAGAAGCAGCUGCAGUCCAAGCACUAG